AUGGAAAAUCAUAUAAUCAUUAUUAAAUCAAUUGAAUAUCCUCCACUUCUUAUUGAUCCAUUUGGACAAUAUGAUCAAUGGAUGGAAAAAUAUUAUAAUCUUCAAAAAAUUCAUUUUGAUAAUCACCAUCUAGAAUUAUCAAGAUCGAAACAUGAUGUUAUAAUGUCAAUUGAACCAUCAUUUUUAUCUGGUUCAAAAAUUUAUAUAAAAAAUUGUAAUACAUUCGAUAGUCUUCUUUAUCCAUUAGCACAAUGGAAAGCAACAUCAUAA